AUGGAGGACCACGGGAGACAAGAUGGUCGUCAAGAUGGGAGGCCACUGCCCCUAGGCACAUACAAGCUGGAUCUCAAGGUGUGCAUCUCAGCAUCUGGAGUGCACAAUGUGUCAGCAACGGCACAAGCGCGCCAGCAGCACCACAGGCACAUGCACAUGGGUGUCCCAGCGAUGCAUCGAGGGGCCAAUGCAGUGCAAGACCCAAUCAUGUACAGGCCAGCGGUUCCCCAGGAGCGCUUUGGUGUGGGCCACCCUCCCCAUGGGGUGACAGUGAAAAGGCCAUGUGAGAGGCAGGGUGGGCUGGGGCUGGACAUGAAGCAUCUCAUGGAGACUGCCAAUGCCAACCGGGGACGCCACCGCAACUUCGACAGGCAUGCGGCAUUCCCCGGCCAGCCACCCCUGGCAAGCCACAUCAGCUUUCCUCCAGCCAACACUUUUGACACUGUGUGCAGGGCCAGGGAGCCAGGGCACAGCAGGCCUGGCCCGCCUCAGCAGCAGCCCUGGGGGUUUGGAGUUGAGCUAUACCAAGGCAUGGCGCCCUGCCAGCCGCUGGGUGCGCAGGCCCCCAUGCACUGCCCUAAGCCAUACUCCAGGUAUCCCAUGGGGACUGCGGAGAAGGUGCUGCUGGAGGCACACAUGCGGUGUCCCACCACACAGGUCCCAAAUGACCCAUGGGCCCCUCGUUUCGAGCUGGGACAUGGGCUGGAGCCCCCGAUGCUGUACGACAGGGAGUAUUUCCGCGCUGAGGCCAGGCGCUGCGAUGAACAGCAUUCCCUGGGGCUGGCACCACCUGACCAGUAUCCAGCCCAGACCCAGGCUGACAUGUGGCAGAGGCCCUCACAGGCCCACAUGGCCAGGCCCAAGGGCGUCUUGGACGAUUUCCUCAGUGUCGCUCAACGCGAAACGGAGACAAAAGAGCCCCCAGUGCCGCAUGACAGGGAGUACUUCUGCGCUGAGGCCAGACGCUGCGAUGAACAGCAUUCUCUGGGGCUGGCACCGCCUGACCGACAUCCCACCCAGACUCAGGCUGACAUGUGGCGGAUGCCCUCGCAGGCCCACAUGGUCAGGCCUGUGGACCUCUUGGACGAUUUCCUGAGUGUCCCUCAAUGCGAUAUGGGGACAAACCCUGCAAAGGUGCUGUACAAGCAUUCGCAGGUGAGGUGCACGAUGGGGUUUUACGAUGAGUAUGAUUCCUGCCCGCAAGGAAAUCGCCAAUUGCACAUACGCAUGCCCACAGGACCCAACAAUGGCUGUGGUGAGCGAUCUAUGGAUGCCAGUGAAGAAGAGAGGCAGCCGAAGGCGGAUGCAUGCAGGCUGCCACACCACAUGGGUGGGUGUGUGGAUCCGAUACUGUACUGCCACGAGGACACACUCCCAGGCUCGCUGGACAUCCCAGACCCGUCAGGACCGCGUGCAGCAAUCGAAGCUGAGGCGAGGGCAGGCAGAGAGCGUGCAGAUUCAACAUCCUGGACGAAUUGCAGCGGCAAUGCCAAUGGCAGCUUGGCAUGCAAUGAGAGGCUGGAGUUUACCACCAGUCCGGCUCCAGCUCCAGCCACCCGAGGGGAUGGCUACGCCCUGUCCUUGUCACAGCGCUGGUAUGAGAGCGAGGCUGCCUGCUUGGAGCAGAGGAAGAAAGAUGCCCAGGAAUCGAUGCAGGCUACCCACAAGGAGAUGCAGAGUGCUAAUGCCUACCUCCUCCAGGCACAACUACCUGGUCUGACACCAGGAACUCACAUCAAGUACACCCCAGUUACCCGGGAAAUGGUGCUGUAUGAGAUUGGGCUGGAAUGGAGAUUCUCAGGAUCAGCCAUAUGUCUUGCUCAUUCUUACCUGUUGCGGCUUGAAAUUAAGGUGCUCGACGUGGUGGCCAUGUGUGUGUGCCUCUUUCUGGCCUCCCAGGUGUGCGAUCCAAAGUGCAUUACCGACCUCGUCCGAAUGCUGCAGCGCAUCCACAAGCGCCCGGUGGGCAUCAAAGAUGCACGCGACCUACAGUUCGAGUACCUGAUGCGCCUCGAUUUCCGCCUGGGUCCGUAUUUCCAGGUCGGCUGGAAUGAUUCUAACGACGACCUCAUGGUCUGCACAUAG